UACUUCCGCUUUUACAGGAAGUGGUGCCCUAAUCCAGAGUAAAUCCAUCCGCCCUUCAGAACCAGAUGCAGGGUCGGCAAUCAUAAAAUUACGUUCCAGCGUGAAGGUUAUGAAAAUGUUCCAAUGGGCAACUCUUAGCAAGCGAUCAACGGGGGUCCUGAAAAAAGGGUCAGUUAGCUAGCUAGCGUGUCUUUUACUGUGCUGACCAGCGGAACCGGAGGUGAUGGUGAUUAGCGUGUUUACGUCGUUGAGCAUCCUGACUCUAUCCAGAAUCCUGCCAACUGGAGAGAGGGAAACAAUCAUAAAGACUAGCUGUUGAAUGCUUGUGCUGCCUUGGAUAUAAUACUCUUUCAGACGUACGUCUGCUGAGUUUGUUAGCCGGAGGAGUGAGUUCCACCGCAGCGUCAGGCGGGCCACCCACCAUCUGUGGAAGCGGGACAAGGAGGGAACAGAUGGCGCAUCCCAGCCGGGCCGCAGGGCUGCUGACCGUUUUUGCACCACGAAAGGUGGACUGGAAGCAUUCAAAUUAAACGCUUGGACGUAUUUUAGGAGUUAGUACGGAUUUUCCUCUUAAUCUUUUGAAUCAGAACACGUCAGCGUGACUGGAAAAUACAAGUGGAUGGACGAGAAUCCUAUUGGAGGACCAAAUCAAUCAACUUAAUCCCCUUUUUUGUGACGUGUGUCAGUCUGGAUGAACAAUGGUUGACAACCGCUACGCCACGGCUCUAGUGAUCGCCAGCGUGCUGAGCCUGCUGGCCACCGUGUACCUGUCAGUAGCCGUGGGAACGCAGCACUGGUACCAGUACAGCAGCCCCACCGUGCGCGGAGAGGCCAACGUGUCCGAGCUGCGCUCCCUGUACGAGGAGUUCAUGACCGGGGAGUUUGACGAGAAGACCUACAGCGACACUCUGUUCCGCCUGAACGGGACCGCGGGCCUGUGGUGGCGGUGUGUGCUGGUCCCUGGCUCCCCUCGCUGGUACAAAGAGCCAGAUGUCAAGCUGACGCUGGAGUGCAGAAACUUCACUCUCCCUGAGCAGUUCACUCCCAAAUACAAAGAACCAGGGAACCACAACAGUGGAGAGGACAUGCUGCGCACAUAUCUGUGGAGGUGCCAGUUCCUGUUGCCCUUGGCGUCUCUGGGUUUAGUUGCGCUAGCAGGCCUGACGGGUUUCUUCGCCUGUCUCUGUCGAAGCCUCACCCCGACUCUGUUUAUAGGAGUUCUUCACCUACUGGCUGGACUGUGCACCUUAGCCACAGUGUGCUGCUACCUGGCUGGGAUGGACCUGCUCCACCGGGUCUCGAUGCUUCCCGACAAGGUGGACGGGUCUCUGGGCUGGUCCCUCUACCUGGCCCUCAUAUCCUCGCCCCUGCACAUGAUGGCCGCUGCGCUUCUGGUGUGGGCGGCGCGCAGCCACAGUCAGAACUACUAUCGUAUGACUGCCUAUCGAGUGGCCUAGGCCCGAAAAAUAGCUCAGGAUCAGAAAGUCUCUGACAACAAGAUGCGUUUUAUAAUUUCAUCAGAGGAUGAAAUUUUUGUUUAAUCUGUGUCGUUUUCUCCUAUAAUUUAUUUACAUUCUACAGUAAUGACUCUAAAAAAUGAUUUCAUUUUUAUUUAUUGUUAGGGGGUUCUGAUUUGAAAAGUCGGGCAGAAAGAUUUGUUGUAUGCAGUCCAGGUCAGAAAUAUUAGAAGUACAGUUAAUAACUUCAGGACUAAAGGCAAAUAAACCAACACUGCUUUGUUUUCUUUAGUGAAAAUCCCAAAUUACCAUACCGUACCACUUUAUUUAUAUAGCGCUUUCAACACGGCAUUACAACCAUACAAAGCGCUGCACAAAAAACAAGCAAGAAAACACAAGUUAAAAUAGUCAGGUAGAUAAAAAAUGUAAAAAAGAGCAAAAGAAAUAAAACAACAGACUAUUAACAGUAAAAGCAAAUAAAACCAGAAUAUAAAAACACAAAAUUAAAAUUGAAUUGUCUAGGAGGGACAAUGGAUGAGCUAAGGAGUUAUGGAAUUAGGGAUCGAAUGCGUAAGUGAAGUAGACGGUCUUCAGACGAGAUUUAAAGACGGCGAUAGAGGAAGCUUGCCUAACCUGCAGUGGUAAUGAGUUCCAUAACUUUGGGGCACAGACUGAAAAAGCCCUUUCCCCACGAGUCUUCAAACGUGCCUUAGGGACAGUUAAGAGGAGUUGAUCUUCAGACCUAAGAGCACGAGGAGGGUGGUAGUAAUGAAGGAGAUCACACAGAUAGGGAAGCGCUUGACCGUUCAAGGAUUUGAACGUGAGAAGUAAAAUUUUAUAUUUGAUCCUGAAUUUAACGGGCAACCAGUGAAGCGUUUUAAGAAUAGGUGAGAUGUGGUGUCUUCUUUCAGCUCCAGUCAAGAACCUUACUGCAGAAUUCUGAACAGCAAAGAAUAUUAUAAAUAAAUAGAUAAAAUAACAUUGUUGAAGGUUGACACCAUUAUCAAAUUUACUAAACAAGCAGGUUGUAAUAUGAAAAAAAAAAGAAGUUUUUUUACACACCAAUUCAUUGGAUUCUUCUCGAUGAUCAAAUGAAGUAAAGCCCACUGAGACGUUCACAUCUUGCACACAGUGAAGUGCAACUCCGACUUCACGUUGGAGGCAUCAGCGGCUCGGAACGGCCGCGCAAGGGUUUACUCACGCGCUUUGUAGUGUGUCAGUCCACAUGGGGACAGUCGGACAUGGAGCAACUUGUCCGCCAUCCUCCUCGCCAAACUUGCGAGAUCACUAAAUUCCUCGAGACGUCUAAGGUCACGGUUUGCUCACGCCCUCCGCCAUUAAACCAAAAAGAAGGAAAUCACUUUAUCACAGUUGGGCGUGAUAAAUAUUGCUCCUCUCCACUGAUAGGAUUAAAGCCAUGAAAAACAACGUUGCACUUCUAGAAAGAAACCGGUAGUAAAUAAAGCCGUCAGAUCACACGUAUAGACACAAUCUACACAGACGUGAAAUCACAUCGCUCCAAAAGCAUUUUUGAAUUUACCGGACAUUCUACGCUGAAACCAUUCCUGUCUAGCCCUAAGUUAACUGACGUGUCCCAGAAGCGGCUCAUGGCAGAACACGAUCCUGUCAUUAUUGGUGCAACGAGCUGCUUCCGGAAGUUUCCACGUCGCGGCCAGAUGGGAUAAACUCCAUAGACUGUAAUGGAUUCUGUCAGAGGCGGCGGUGUUCCGUGUGGCUGAUCCCUCCGGUUUGAAGUCAAGGCUGGUGUUUCUGGUAGAGCUAGCACUCUUUUUAAAGCAAAAUGACACGGGACAUUUAGAACUAGAGGUGUUCAAAAACAGGUUUUUGUGUUUUACAGCAAGAUGAGUUGAAUAACAACACAGAAGUUUGGCAAAAAUAAAUAAAUAAAUGGAUUUAAAUGUCAACAAUAGGUUCUGGUCAACAUCAUAAUGCAAACCUUAAAGCAGCAGUCCGUAAAUGGCGGCCCGCGGGCCACAUCCGGCCCGCAAGCCCUCUCUUUGUGGCCCCCAAACCCUGCGCGCACCCCCCAUCCCCGACGGCCGACCGGGAGGUGUAGGAUAGAGCCGAGGAAAAUAACCAACUAAUAAAUGCAUGAGAUGCGGGCAUAAAAGAUUCUGCACCAUAGAAGAGAACCAUAAUCAGUUAUAGUGGAAUGUAGUUGUGUUAUUUUAACGGCGGCACCAGCGCAGCACCCACAUCUGUCAGAGCGGUGUUCUCCACAUUUACCGGGUAGGAAACUUUGGUCUGCCUUCAUGUGGUACUGCAGGGAUGAGCGCUGGAGUUGUAACCUGAGACCGAACCCGAACCGAAUCAGCCCGACCGGUUCUGUUGGAUUUGGGCCGUAAAUUAUGUAGUUGAGCGGGUUGUCGCGCUUCGCUCGCUCGAUCCGAGAGAUAGAGACGGAGAGAGAGAGAGAGGGAGAUUGUCUGCCCACACAAGAGAGGAUCAGAGGACGCUCCUCCAAACGUGUUUUUUUCAUGAGUUCAUUAUUGUUUCUCCUGGAAGCGCUCAGUCAGACCGAGUGCUGUGAUGUCAGGAGGUCCGGUCUUGGGAAGGGGGCGGGGUGAGUGACGGCAGCUGUAGUGUAAUCAUCUGUCUCUUUUAUUUAGGGACACGGAGAAGUUAAAAGUGAAGAGAAAUACAAGAUAGAAGUUCUUGUUCCACUUUAUUCUUUUGUUUCAUGAUGAUAAACUGAUGUUAAAUUCAGCUUAAAGAGAGACUGGGAGGAAGCUUUGGUUCAUUUUAAGUUACAGGAGAUCUUGUUUCUUCUCUGCUCCUCCAGACACAGCAUGGACAUGAGGGAGGGGGACAGGUGGUGUCCUGCUUUAUAUUGCAGCCCCCCCAUUCCCCCUCCGGCCCUCUUGCUUCUGGGUCUUUUUUGUGUGUGUGGCCCUCGGACCAUCAUAAUUGAGGACCCCUGAGUGGCAGUACAGAUUUUUUCAGGAUUGUUACAAGUUAUGAUCUAUCAGUAUCUUACCUGUUCUAGAUUGCUCAGUUAGGAAAAAUGGAGCUCGACAAGGUAGUUACGUUGGGGCUGGGACCAAAAUGGUUCAUGUAAGCCCUCUUUCAUCCUUUACUUUGCUGUAAAUGUAAAUGGCCAUUUACAUAUAUUUCUAAAGGAAAUUGAAUAGAAAUGAACUAAAACUAGCAAUUGUGGCCCUGAUGAUUAAUUGCUCCAAGGUAACACUGAAAUGCUAAAAUAAUGGCCUUGUAAAAUUUAUGAUAUAGUUAAUUUUUACAGAAAAAGCUGUGGGAGUUUUAUUAUCAUUCUGGGUUUAGGCCCCACUCACCCAUUAGCUUUUCAAUGUUGAACAUUUUCAGUGUUUUUUAUUUAACUGAGGUCAAUCAAAGAGCGAUCUACAUUAUAUUAAGCUUCCAAAAAGAAAUCUGCAGUGAACGAGAAAAUAUUUAGAGGUUAAAGCUGGUAGGUGACAGGUCAUUAACUACUAAGUGCAAUCAGUAAAUAAAAAGAUAACCUUUAACUAUUGUUACGGUACAUUUUAAUAUUUGCAUUUAUUUCAAUAUAUGCUUAAAUUCUACUUUAGCAUGCUAAUUUUGCUAAAUGCUUUAUGUUUGAUUGAGAUGAAUGACCAAGAGAAGGAGAAUUUUAGCCUGGCAAGCAGUCCUAUGUAUGUAUAUGUAGAGUCUGGCCACGACCUAUGGACAGAACCCAGUCGUAGUACAAAAUCUACGGUUGUCUUUUAAACUGUCUCGGCAUGCUAUUGGACAGCGCUAAGACCAAUCAGAGCUAACAAAUAACAGGUAUUCAGCGCUAUGGUAAUCAGUCCGUGGGGCAGUUCUACAUACGCCGUAGGAAGAAGCAGCAUCCUUUUUAAAAAAAAAGUCUUUUUGCUGUAGCGCCUUUGUCUUCUACAACCCCAAGGCACUUUGCAACACUCAUUCACCCAGGCAUACACACAACACACACACACUGGUGGUGAUGAGCUACAAUGUAGCCACAGCUGCCGUAGGGCGCACUGACGGAGCAAAGGCUGCCAAGCACUGGCACCACCAGUCCCUCUGACUAUGUUUAAACAGGAAAGUAUUUAAAGCUUCACCCCAGCUUUCCAGCAGAUGCGUAAGCAUCAGAUAACAUCCACAAAGCGCAAUACUCAGCUAACAGCUACCGUUAAAAUACUUGGUGUGCUUCCACUCAGUGGGAGGUGGCAUGUCACGGACGUGCUACAGAAGUGUACUGUCGCAUCGCUCCACUAAAUAAAAAUGUUGGGUCUAUUUUUUAUGCACCACACUUACAGAAUGUGUCAAAGGCCACAGUUCAGAUCGAGCCAGACAGGAGAUUAAACACAGGAGCAGUGUAAGAAACUUUCAAAAUAAAAGACACAUGCAGAGUUUCAGUUAUUUAACUAGUAAAAAAUAAAAGUAAGUCAUUACCAGUGAAUCCUUCGUAGACGAGGUUGAACAACAGAAAAUAAACCACAGACCUUUUGGAUACACGCUGCCAUCUUUCUCUUUGUUAUUGUAUGAACUACCUAAAACCUGUGUGGUCUUCCAAUUCUCCAGUGACUUUGGGACCUUGUGGGAUCAGCUGCAUGGAAUACUUUGGCUGCCGAUUCGCAUCGUAAACGUUAUUAGUAGCACGGAUCGCGCCACUCAGCUAGCGAGGAAAACAAGUUUCUUAUCCGAUGGAAAGUCUGGGUCGAACAGAUGACUAAAUAAAAACUUAAAUGGCGUAAGUUGUAAGAUUUGCAGAUCAAAUAAAAAUCUAACAGGAUCACUUGA